UAUUCUAUUUAUUCACUUAUUGGACACAAAGUUGGUGCUGGAUAACCAAGAAGGAACACCUCAGGGAAGAUGAAGCUAAGAACUCUCUAAUCUAUAGCAUUUUUCUCAACUUUUUCUUUUUUCUUUUCGUCUUUUUUUCUUCUUCCUUCAAUUAGCUAAAAUUACUAAAAAAGAAGAUUGAGAAGAAGAGGAAAAAAUUUAAAAUAAAAAGAGAAAAUAAAAGACUCCAAAAGGCCAAAACCGCAUCUGAAAGACAUAAUCGGGGAAGGGGCAAUUUUCAAGAUUUGAUUUCAGGGAAGGGAAAGGUAUAGACACCAAAUAAAACAAAGGAAACCCAAUUUGAUAGGAAAUCAGAUUCCCAUUGAUUUGCAGAUCUGUUUUAGCUUCUGGUCGUUCUUGUUUUGUAUAUAUGGGUGGUUUUCUAGGAUGCUAUAAGAGGCCCACUUUCAAUCACUCGGUGAAUGAAUCAUCAAAAGGAUUAAAAGUUCAAGAACAGAGAGUGAGGAAAAACAAUAUAUCAGAAGAUUUCUGGACCACUAGCACUUGUGAUAUGGAUAACAGUGCAAUGCUGUCACAGGGAAGCAUCUCAUCAAUCAGUACAAGCAACCAGACACUUGAUCUCCAUGGCAGUGCUGCAAAUGCUAAUGCCCACUCGGAAUUUGUAAAUCAUGGCCUUCUUCUCUGGAAUCAGACUAGGCAGCGCUGGGUAGGAAAAAAGAAAUCUGAAAAUCAGCCGCAACGGGUUCAAGAACCCAAACUAAACUUCGAAUCUUGUGGGGAAGGGAGCAGAUUUAAUUGUUCCUACUUUUUGGCAGGCUUUAACAUGGAAAGGUUGAUUUGUGCUACUAAACUUUAAAAUUUGUUUAAAGAAUAAAUACAAUAAUGACAAUAACCUUUCCUAUGUGCUAUUGACUGUAUGAAUCAUAUCUUUUCACAGUGCUUUACUAUCAUAUCCUCUAUUAGCUAUGUAAAAGUAAGGUUCGUUUUUAUGGUUACUAUCUAUGACUUCUUUGGUCUUUCACUUCACCCAUUGACAUUGACUUUCUCCAUUAAGUCACAUCUUUCUUCUUUGCGAAUAUUGAUAUUUAGUUUCCCAGCAUUCAUUGCUGUAGCUCGUAAGAUUUGAAGAUUAAAAAGAAUCAUAUCUUUCCACUGUGCUUUAUUAACUACCAUAUCCUGUAUUGGCUCAGUAGAGUAAGGUUCAUUUUUAAGGUUACUGUCUAUGACUUCUUUGGUCUUUCAUUCCACCUGUUGACAUUGGCUUUCUAUGUUAAGUCACAUCUUUCUUCUAUGGCUAUGUUGACAUUUGGUUUCCCAGCAUUCAUUGCAGUAGCUCAUAAGAUUUUAAGAUUAAAAAGAAGCAAAAGGGAAAAGGUUAAUGUUUGUAUGUUCACAAACACGAGUGAUACCUGCAAUAAUGCUUAGUACUUGCAUAAUUUUUCGGGUACCUUGAGAGUUGUAUCAAGUAUCCUGAUUUUAGCAAAUAGAACCUGUAUUUUAGGUAGUAAACUUCGAAAUGGAAUUUUGGGUGUGCUGAGGUAAACCAUUUCUGGGACAUAACCCCUUGAUCAUUUAUGAACUUUUUCCUUUA